AUGUUGGAACCAGUGGAGUUUGGGGGUUUAGGGGGGGGAAGGCGACUGCCUUACGGUUCUCAUUUGUCCCCGAAUGGUUUGCCUUCGGAGUGUACCUACACUCCCUUUUGGGCGGGUUCGUACCGUGCAGGUGCAUGGUUGAGCAGCAGCAGCAGCAGCGGCUGCAGCCUAGUGUAUAGAGGGCGUGGGCCUGAACCGUGUUCGUUACUUACCUGUUUUCUUGGGGGGUUUAAACCGCAUGACCGGUCGUUGCCUCUAGGGAGGGCUUCUAAGAAGAGUAGUAACCCCUCUCUGGAGGUGGAGAUUGUCAAUGCUGUGGGAGUUUGCUACUUCGACGAGCUGCUGCCAGACCACCCGCAGGCUGUCUGCGUACAGCCCCACUGCUGCUGCUGCAGCGCGCGUCUGCCAACCGACCCGGAUCCGUACGGUGUGGGGGGGGAGAGGAAAAAGGCAGCGGCAGCAGCAGCAGCAGCAGCCGCUCGCACGACGACGGUGCUCGAGGAGUAUAUUCCCUAUGAAGCGCUGCAGGAGAUAGCAGGGGAAACAAAACUCACUCCUGUUCUCGUGCUUCCUUGCGGUUUGGCACACAGCGCGCUGGAGCUGGUUGCUCUGUCUCACCACCUAGACGAUGUUGUCUACACCAGAAGCCUGCCACGUCCCUCCUCAUCCGUGCAACAGCAGCAACGACAGCAACGGGGGAGGCACAGAAAAAGGCUUUCCGGUUCGCAGCGGCGUAGCAGCAGUGACAGCAGUAGCAGUGACACCAGCAGGAGUGGAAGCGGCAGUAGCAGCAGCGAGGAGGAGUCGGCUACUCCGACUUUGGGCUGUGGUCCCGAAGCGCCUGGCGAUUUAGGGGCUUUCUCUGUGCAUGCAGCAGGUUGUUCGUUGGGUUUAGAAGCCGUCAGUAUCGCUGAGCUGCACCCUAACACCUUCCAGUGGACACGGGGGGAGGGGCGGCGAGUAGCCGGUGAAAGGGGGCCUCGCGUCUGCUCGAAGCAAACCAAGAAAAGUGACUGCAGCGGCAGCAGCAACAGCAGCAGUAGGGGCAGCACUUGCUGUUCGUGCUGCUGCUGGUGUCCUAUGGGUGACGAGGUACAUGGUAGCGGCAGUGUGAGAAAUGUCUACGCUAGAGGGGAGGCACGGCAUGCUCCCGACCCUUUAGAGAGCAUCAGACCCAAAGAGUCAUUUGUUUCUGAGCGCCUGCUCGAAGUUAAGACAGACGACAAGCACCCCUUCCUUAAGUUUAUAUUCGCAAGAAACGCAAGGGGACUAUAUGUAGCGAAACUCAAACACGAAGAAGAAGACAUGCUCCCAGAAGAAGCAGUGGCAUCCCUGCAGGCUGUAGGGCAGCGACACCAAACCGAAGGCCUCCUCAACAUGAGGGGACCUCUAGGGGAUCCCCCCAUGCAGAACAAAGAUAGUUGCUGCGGAUUUGAAGAUGGAGGCGUGCGCAGAGAGCUCAUUGUGCAGGUGAUCCAUGAUGCCCCCUAUGGAAGGCGCGUGCCACGACUAGAAGGAGGGUCCCCGCAGCAGCAGGGCAAAGAAGUAGGGUCCCUUGUGUUUAGCGUACCCAAGCCAAACCCACCGCAAACUGCAGUUAUCAAUAUUGCCGUCAGCUUCGCAAAUGUUGGAGAGGCCGCCUUUCUGUAUAACUCGAACGUUGUCAGCAUCUGGAAGGCAGAAGAGGCGAGGAUGGAGGUGGAGCCGGCGAUUCCUCUGUCUGUGGGGAGUCGAAGCAUUCGUCGCGCCUCACGCCCUUUUCUACGGUACAGGCACCGCACCGCCUUUGCCGAUCCUUCCGCCGAGUCCUUCCAGACUCUGUGCUAUUCACCUCACCAAACACAAACCCUCCUUCUAGGCAGCGACAAUUUGUGGGCCCUGGACCUCCGGUGUCCACUAGUACGGAAUGGAUUUAUUGGUUCUGCCCCCGUCGCUGUGGCUGUUGUUGAUGUCGUUGGGGCUAUUGUUGCUGUUGAUAUCGUUGGGGCUGUUGUUGCUGUUGAUAUCGUUGCUGCUGUUGUUAUUGCUGUCUGCCAGGCGAAGAGCAUGACCCGCUUGUUCCCCGCUAUGCAUGCCCCGACGCACGGUAGCACCGUGCAGACUUUGUCGGAAUCUCUCUAUGCGCCAUGCACGGCAAAUUCAAGCUAUCACACGGCCUUCACUGCUCUCGCCCCACACCCUCAACACCCCUUUCUGCUUGCUGCAGCGCAUGAUGCAACAGAAGCCAUUUGCCUCUUCGACGCCAGAGCUAUGCACGAACCCCUUACCGUCAUCGGCCUUCCCUCCCUACGCAAGCUGUUUCUGCUGCGGCUGGCGCUGCAGCAGGAUCAGGCCAGGCCAGCGGUACCUACGACCUGCUGUCGGCUUUCUCGUGGCGCAACGAAGACGUCGUAUGUAGCUCCCUCCGAGUACACCCGGCGUACUGUCCCCCAAACCCCGUGCAAACUGCUGUCCCCUCAAACCGAUCCCGUGGCAGCAGAGGCGAAGGCGCGGACAGAGACAUGCGCCUGCGGAGCCAAAGACCGCACUUCGAGCCCUCGCCCCUCGAGGUCAUCCGCAGCGGCUGUCUCCCCCGUGUCGUCAGGAGAGAGACUGUGGAGAUAUCUUGGCAGGAAGUGCUCCUCCCCCAUUAGCAGCCUGGCUGGUUUCGGAGGCGUUCCCGAGUCUCCCGGAUCUAUUACUGUGCUGUGCGCAUUUACCACGAGCGGUCGCCUAACGUGCAGGCCGCUAACAGUCAAUGACCCGGUGCUGCAGCUGCGCAUGCAGAAGCGCUCUCGGCUGUACGCUCAGCUUGCGCAGAGGCAGCGCCGUUGCCGCGAGAAACCCUCGGGGAUUGAUCUCGAUCCCCUUCCACAGCCCCAGGCAGUAGAAGAUGCAGCAGCUGCAGUGGCGUCUUCUGCUGCUCUUGCUGCACUCGUUUCUUUUCAUGCGUCUCGUCUCAGCCAGCGCAGAUUUGUUGCUACAGGAGGCAUUCAGUCAGCACAUGUCCCGGAGUCCGCAUUUAGUGCUGUCUCCUGUGUCUCUGCGCCUCAAACUCCUGGUACUACCGCUGCAGGGGGUGUCUGGCUGCUAUUGCAACAGCUGCAGGGGAGCUACAACGAGAUCCGUGUGUUGCCUCAGCGGGUUCCGGCUUUACUGCUGCAGCUGCAGCUGUUUCAGUCUCUGCAGCAUGAGCUGUUGUUUCGGGCAGCUCUGCGGGCACAGCGGGACCAGCAGCUGCAGAUGCUGCGGCGUGCAUUGACUUUUGUGACGCCAGGUGCUGAGGUGUUGCUGCAUGUGUUGAAAGGGGGCUUAGAGGCUCUGCAGCUGCAACAGCAGCUUCGGCUGCCACUGCAGCUGCAACGCGGUGACUGCGUGAGUACAGGGCUGGCUUCCUUUGCUUUCAGCGACUCUGGUUCCUUCGGAUUGCAUCGGCCUGCAUUCGACACGGAGGCCUACGACCCCGAGCCCCUGGUGCAAAUGCUGUUGGCGCAUGCAGCACUCGACAACUGCUUGCUGCUGCAGCAACAGCCCGCAGCCAACUCCCUGUCUCUCCUUCCCACAGACGCGUACCCUGCACCAACGCAGAUCCUAGAAAAUUCUCCAGCAAACAAACCCACUUCCCCCACGGAAGCAGAAGGAAUCGAAGCAGACGCCAACAACAAAACCAACCGCAGCAGGGGCAGCAGUAGCAGGGGGGGGUUGCAUGUGGAGGAAGACGCGGAUGCUCUGGAGCAUGCGGCCUGUGUGUCGUCAAUCAACAAUUUGCUGGAGGGUGGUGCUAGGUUCGAUGUCGAGGCUUUGGGGCUCUAUACAGCUGCGACGGAGACUUCUGGGCUGCCGUUCCCCAGCGCGCGCAGCCGUUCUAUCUUUCGCUACGCAGUAGAGACGGUGGAGGCGCUUACAGGGGCUUCUGCUGAAGGUAGUCUGCUGCAGCUCCUGAAAGGAGACAGCGUGUUGCUGCACCACAUCCUCAUUGCUGUGCAGCUCUUCCGCGAAGGCCGCCUGUCUGAAGCGCAGGCUCUGCAGCUCCUGCGCCCUUUCUCUGUCAGCAGGCUCUGCUCUCCGGGGCUGCUUGACAUGCGCAGAACCACAUUGCCUCUUGGCUUCGAGUCCCCGUGCUCCCCCCAGGAGGCGUUCGCAGCAGCAGCAUUAUCAGCAGCACCACCUGCUGCUGUUGCUGCAUUACCAGCACCAGCAACUGCUCCUCCUAAGGGUAACGAGGCAAAGAAAGUCGUCUUCAGAAAGGUUUUCAACCCCGCAAUCGCGCCUGCGUUGCCUUGCUGCUGCCGCGUGCUGCUGCAGCACCACUGUGACUUGCAUGCAGCAUGCGUUCCAGAGCGCCGCUGCGUGUUUUGGGGGCAGGAAGGAGAGGCGGAGGCAGCACGAGGGAGCUAUUGCACCGGAAGCUGCAGCUACCCGCACACAGACGGCCUGCAGUCCCUGCUGGCGCUGCUGAAGAGGAAGGUCCGGGAGGGCCUAUUCGGUGGUAGUUCAAAUACUGCGCUGAGGGAGGCUGUCUUCGUUCCCCAGGCAGUUGUCGACGAACUCGCAGAGACCCUCUUCUUGACACAUGAGGUGUUGCUGCUCCCACAAAGGGAUCCCGCGGCCAACAGCAUCUUCACCAACAACGGUGGGGUGGCGGAGGGUUCGGCCUGUCAUUCUGCUGCACCGGGUGCAAGAGCAGCAGACGGUGAUUCUUUUCUAACGGGUUUCUCCUCCACAACAGCUGAUCAGCACGUCCUGCUUCCGGUGCAUAUGGGGGAGCGUCCUCAGGUGCCUCCUGAGAUACCUGGUGGAGUAGGUACGGCGACCACACAGAGGGAGACAGCAGAAUGCCCCAUUUCUUCCGUUUGGCUACCCUCCUACUGUCUGUCUAGACACCUCCACUGCUUCCUUCGCAAGGAUUCAUUAGUAGCAGAAGAAGACGCGGUGCAACAGGAGUUGCAGCGCCACGCGUGGCCUGACUUGCUGUUGCAGCAGCAGCGGUCGCAGGCGGCGCAAACUGCAGCAGCUGCUGCUGCCCCUACUCGUAAUGCGUGGGAACCGCUGUAUUCAGAAUAUCCAAGGGGCCCCGUGCUUAACUUGCCGCUGACUAUGCAGAGUCUUCUUCCCGAUCAUGUCCUGGAAGGACUUAGAAGCAGCAAAUGGAAGCGCCUGCUGUGCGGUGUUGCUGUUAACGGAGUCAUCCUCGCCGAUCUCCUCAGACACUGGGAGGUCCCUGUGCUGCAGCGCGUGAGGGAGAUACAAGACACGCAUCAGCAACAGCAGCAGCGUGUCUGGCAACAGGACCAGAGCGGGGACGAGGACAGCAGGGAUCAAGAUCGAGAUCUUGAUCGGACAUGGGAUCCGCACAGCAGCAAUGCAUCACAGUUGGUGAACGACCUGCCAGAAGACGCGCAGGGAGCCGUGUCUGAGGAGCUGCAGCGGCUGCUGCUGCUUCUUCAGCCGACACAUAUCCCUUUGCAUUUCUCUAUAUUCGUUAAUGUGCAACAAAGGCAGCAGGAACAACGCCGUAUGCAGGCGGAGAGACAGCAGCUGCUGGAUAGCAUCGCGAGGGCCAUGCGCCAGCGAACCUAG